AAAGAACAAAUAGAAUAUAGUAGAUUAUAUACUUUACAAUAUAUAGUUUAAAAGAAUUUUAAAACAAAAAUAUAAAAAGCUUACUGUUCUUACUCUUAUUACAACAAUUCUAUUAUCCGCGACAUCCUCUAACGCCACAGUUAAACAGUGAAUUUUCUGAAUAUGAGGUAGCGAUUCGUUAUUGUGAACCACGUAAAGAAAUAUUCCAAAACCAAUUACUCAAUGAGUACCAAAUGACCAUACAUUCUACCGAAUUAUGGUAGCAAAAUCGUCGGCAUUUUUGCAAGAUUAUCGCGCACAAUUUAGUACAAUUAGAUGAUAACAACGCGCGGUGUUACCGUGGGUUGUUUGCAAACCGCCUAACGAUGUAAUAUGAUUUUCGACACUGAUAAUGUAUCGAAUGAAAGUUAUCUUUCAAAUUCAUCGUACUCACCAAAAUAAGAUGCUUCAAGGUCCGCGCCUUAAUCCGUUACGAGUUUUUCCAUUUGCGCUUGAACUCUAUCAAAUUAAAAUUUUAAAGCAUAUAUAUAUUACAUGUAUUUCGCUACAUGAAGUUUCUAUCAAAUGUCUAAAGCAAAUUAAUAUUGACCAACUCAGAGGAAUUUAUUUAAACAAAUUGGACCACUUAAUGAAUAUUAAUAUACUUGACAUACAUAAAUGACUAUGAAAAAUUAUUGCAACGAAUGAACUGUAUAUUAUGUAAAAAAUUCAAUAUCGUAUACACAGAGAAGGUUUGCUCAAGAAACAGUCGAGAAACGAUUUUAUUCAUUCUGCUUUUGGAAUCAAACGGUCCAAGUUAUGCAACGAUUGUCCAAAUCUACAGAUUGUUACCAGCUUUAUCUUCACAUCGUGGUUUCAUCUUGACCUAAUUUUUGACCUGCAGACAAUUCCCCGUGCUCGAUAGGAAUGCUCAACUAUAGUAAAGUAUGAAAAACCUAAUAGUUUAAAAACAUCUGUAAAAAGAAAUGUCCAAUAAUAUAAUCAUUGCCAUAACCGUCGCAUACAAUUCUGAAACAAUUUCUUCUUUGUCGCGUCAAAAUCUACAUGAUUAAUUUUAUCACGUAAGAGAUUUAUCAAUAUCAACUGUAUUAUUGAAAAUAAGAAUGCGUUGAUAAGAACUCAAAAAAGGGAAACAAUAAUAUGCAUUAAACAAGCAGAAAAGAUAUUACCGACUAUCUUCGUGGAUUAUGAGAUCUAAUAUGUAUAACUAUCUUGUUUGAUAUCAACCGUCAUAAUUCUUCUAGUUUUGAGUUUCCGGCGCGUUUUCGCAAGAUCCAUGCAUUGAUAAUAAACUAUAACGCGAGAGCCUAUGACAUCAAGCGAGUCUUGGAUGAUAUAUUGAAAUUCUCAUGAACGUUGACUCUUUCCAAGCACGAAGCAAUGUUCACACUUUGUGUUUUGAAAUUGUACAUUAUUCGUAAUGGUUAAGAAUUUAUAUUAUUUUAAUUUAAGAGUUGUAUAGUGUCGGGUCGAUAUAAAAGAAAAUGUAUACAGAAAAGUAUUUUAAUAUUUUUCUAACAUCACAAAAAAUUAUACUGUUUUAAACUAUUCUAUUUUAUAAACUUACGGAUUUAGGGAAGAAAUAUAAAAAUGGUAUUGAAUCCGUGUUUUGAAAAAAAAUUUCUGUAUCAAUAGCGAACGUCAGUGUUUCGUGAUCACGACAUCCACGCGACAAUUAGUACAUCGUCUAUUCUCUAAUUCUUCAAUUGUACAGGACUGUUCAAUAAAAUUGAUAGAAUCGAUUUUUAAAGUUCUGUACAUAACGAGGAUUUGACUACAUCCAUCAAGUCAAGCGAAGAAAAUCCAAUGAAACCAAUAAAUAUUUACGUCUUCAGAUUGCCUCGUGUGUCCUCGUCACAGAGGCAGAAAAUAUCUUAAUUCGACUCGCACGUGUUCUAGUUUCUUCCUUUAUUGCUUAAUAAUUAGUUUUUGUAUAAAUUGAAAAUAAUGCUAAACAUUUGAUUUUCUCGCAAUGUAUGUAUCCGAAAUUAAUAGAUUUUAAAAAUUUCAGAAUACAGCGGUUAAUUAAUUCCUUUUUCUCGUUUUUACAGAACAUAGUCUUGUCCUUAUUCAUAAGAUCAAUGAGCAAUGCCUUCACCGAUCUUAAAAAGAUUUUGGCUGAGAAAAUUCCUAAAGAACAAGAGCGUGUCGCGGCUUUCCGUAAAAAGUACGGAACCACCAAAGUUGGAGACGUUACAGUGAACAUGAUUUAUGGUGGUAUGCGCGGGAUAUUAGGACUUGUAUGGGAACCGUCGGUUCUAGAUCCUGAAGAAGGUAUUAAAUUUCGAGGAAAAUCGAUCCCGGAAUGCCAGAAGAUUCUACCGAAAAUCAAAGACGAACCACUUCCGGAAGGUUUGUUCUGGCUGCUGAUUACCGGUGAUGUUCCUACGGAAGCCCAAGUGAAAGAAAUCUCCAAAGAAUGGGCCUCCAGAUGCGCAUUACCUGAUUACAUAGUCAAAACUCUGAACAACUUUCCCAAGUCGGUUCAUCCCAUGCAUCAAUUCUCCGCAGCGCUCACUAUUCUAAGUACAGACAGUAUAUUCAAAAAAGAAUACGAGGCAGGUAUACACAAAUCCAAAUAUUGGGACGCCACUUACGAAGAUAUAAUGAACCUGAUUGCCAGAUUACCCGUACUCUGUGCCAUGAUAUACAGAAACCUUUACAAGGAUGGCAAACUCGGGGCAUCCGUGAACCCGGACGGAGACUGGUCUGGCAAUUUCGCAAAAAUGCUCGGUUACGAUGACCCACAAUUUGCUGAACUUUUACGAUUACACCUGACGAUUCACGCUGAUCACGAAGGUGGAAAUGUAUGUGCGCACACGACCCAUUUGGUGGCUUCGACAUUGUCCGAUCCGUAUUUGGCAUUCGGCUCUGGAAUGAACGGUUUGGCAGGUCCUCUUCAUGGCCUUGCAAAUCAAGAAGUAUUGCUAUGGUUAAAGAAGAUGUGCGCUGAAAUCGGAGAUAGCCCCACUGAUGACGAGCUGAAAGAAUUUAUUUGGAAGACGCUGAAGAACGGUCAGGUCAUUCCUGGAUACGGUCAUUCCGUACUAAGAAAGACUGAUCCUAGAUAUAUAUGCCAAAGAGAAUAUGCAAUGAAGCACGUGCCGGAUGACAAACUAAUCAAGCUCGUUGCUCAAAUGUAUAAAGUAGUUCCCCCCAUUCUUAUGGAACUUGGUAAGGUAGCAAACCCAUGGCCAAAUGUAGAUGCUCAUUCGGGAGUUCUCUUACAAUGCUAUGGAAUGACAGAGAUGCAAUAUUACACUGUCCUGUUCGGAGUAUCACGUGCUCUUGGUAUUAUGGCAUCUCUCGUUUGGUCUCGUGCUCUAGGUCUUCCAAUAGAAAGACCCAAAUCCAUAAGCACUGACAAGCUUAUGGAAUUGGUUAAAGCUAAAUAAAAGAAAACCAUUCUUAUUCGUGAAAAAUUAUAGUUACUAAAGCUUUCUAGCGUUUUUUCAACAUAGAACGAACUUAUAUACAAUUUAAUUGUCAAGCUCUUUAAGAAAAUGCGUACAUUAACGGUAAACAAAGUUCAUUGUAAAUAUACGUGUUGCUUUUUAUUAACUUAUACAAUAACAAUUUUAGAAAUAAAAAUGACAUAAUUCAUUGUACAGUUAGUAAAUCACUAAGCAUUUACUGCUGUCUGAUCGCGCGAUGGAAUUUACACGUGUGUACCGACUAACAAAAACCACUCGAAGGAUCAGUCUCGUGAUGAGACGUAAGAAAUAAAUUGAUCAGCCGAGAAUUUAGAAUCUUUUCGACUUUCGGUUUCUCCAUUCGCGACAAGUUCGUUUUCGGCUCCUCCGUCGACUUAUUAAUUGUUAAUAUUACCAAUAUAUAUAAUAAUAUUGCCAAUCACUGUAUCUUGUAUCGACCACCUCCUUUCCGUAGACCUUUAUUUGUGGGAGAGGAGAGUUUUCCGUGAGUGUAAGAGUAGUGGAGAACGACAAAUAAUUUUUUCGCAACGGUGAAGAAAUUUUCAAAGCGUUUACCGUUCGAUUACUAGACCAUUAGAAAUUGUUUCUUCGGAAUUUCGUAAUUUCUAUUACCUGCAAAUACUUUCUAAACAAUCUACACUGUUUCUUUAUUAUACAUUUUAAUUAUUAUUCAUAUAUGAAAGGAAGGAAUAAAAUAUAGUAAAAUAUAUAAUUUAAAAGAAUUUUAAAACAGAAAUGUAGAAAAGUUACUGCUCAUUUAUUCGAAUUAAUAUAGCAUGUACAUAAUUUGUUUUAUAAUCUCAUUGUAUUAUACCAUAAUUUUAAUUAAUAAAAUCGGAUAAACAGGAUAGGAAAUUGUAUGUUACAGUACAUAGUUCUUUUUUGACAUUUCAUAAAAGAAAGUUUGAUAAAUUUCUUUUACAUUAAUCUCAGUCCUUAUGUUAAUUAACAAUCUUACACGUAAACAUUUCGUGCUUGCUAUGUUAAUUAAUUAAAAAUAACCAAUUUAAAACAAACAUUUUUAAAUUUGUUAAUUUUUGAAAUUUUGUUUGAUUAAUAUCUAAUUAUAUAAAAAGCUUAAACGCAGACACAUAUAUUUGAUUCACAUGACUUAUAUAAUAAUGAAAGUUAUAUAGUAAUGAAAUUAAACAACCUGUAUCUUGUACUGUAUUUCAAAAUUUCUAUAUAAUGAAAGCUUUGUUAACGACAGUAUAUAUUAUAAUAUCGUGUAUUUGUAAUAAUAUGUCAUAGUUAAGACAAUUAAUUGCUUCUUUUCUCAAUAUGAGAAAACUGCUAUUUAUUCUUAUGAAAUGUUAAAUGUAUGAUCUCACUCUUGUUUUAGACGGCAUUUGUCUUUCAUAUGAUGAUGUUAACAAUUUCUACAAUCGUCUUUCUCAUAUGUUACUAACGUAUGUGUUCUAAAUUUUAGUAAUUGUCAAAUACUAGAAUAUUUUUAGCUAUACAAAGUAAUCAUGAAUUAAAUAAAAUAAAUGAGACAGCUGUUAAUCGGAUAGUUAGAGAUUAGUAAUACUUAAAAUAAUUCAUAAUACAUAUAUUGAAGAAUACAAUAGAUAUAUUUUUACAAUCGAAUGAGUUUUAUACAUAAAACACAUCUUUGUAAUAUUUUGCACACAAAUGGAAUUAAAUAUUCCCAAUAAACAACCAUCUCACUGUUGAAUACUCGUAUCACAGAGCAGUUUUCUGCUUCUAAAUGUUUGGUUAGAUCGGUUGAAUAACUUGCCUUGAAAUUCUUAAAGAUGUUUGCAGUAUCAAGUAUUAAGAAAUAUUUAAAUUCUUGUACAGAACGUUGAAAAAUAUGUGGUUUAAUUGGUGCUAAAUUGAAGUUGACUUUUUACAAGUGUUUGCUAUUAAUGUGAAGUAUAAAAAACUAUGUACAUAGGUAUAUUUUUGAAAACUGCACAGACUAAAUAAUUUUUAUCUGCGCAUUAACUCAAUAGAACAAAUAAAAAUACCUUGUCUAUCUUUAUUAUUAUAUAAACAAAGGUGGACGGGAUCAAGAUUAAAUUCUUUAUCCUUCAAAUACACAUGCAAUAUUUUCACUACAUUUGU